AUGCCGUUGUCCACGAGGGGAGAUGAUUUUGGGAUCCUCGAGACCCCAGCGCCAAUUCCCGGGGUUCUCAGGACCCCGGCGGUACAUUUGGGUUCCUCGAGACCCCAGUCUCGAUUCCCGGGGUUCUUAGGACCCCGGCGGCGCAAUUGGGUUCCUCGAGACCCCGGCGAUGCAUUUGGGAUCCUCGAGACCCCAGUGGCGAUUCCCGGGGUUCUUAGGACCCCGGCGGUACAUUUGGGUUCCUCGAGACCCCGGCGGUACAUUUGGGUUCCUCGAGACCCCAGUCUCGAUACCCGGGGUUCUCAGGACCCCGGCGGUACUUUUGGGAUCCUCAAGACCCCAGUGUCGAUUCCCGGGGUUCUUAGGACCCCGGCGGUACAUUUGGGUUCCUCGAGACCCCGGCGAUACAUUUGGGAUCCUCGAGACCCCAGUGUCGAUUCCCGGGGUUCUCAGGACCCCGGCGGUACUUUUGGGUUCCUCGAGACCCCGGCGGUACAUUUGGGUUCCUCGAGACCCCAGUCUCGAUUCCCGGGGUUCUUAGGACCCCGGCGGUACUUUUGGGAUCCUCAAGACCCCAGUGUCGAUUCCCGGGGUUCUCAGGACCCCGGCGGUACAUUUGGGUUCCUCGAGACCCCAGUCUCGAUACCCGGGGUUCUCAGGACCCCGGCGGUACUUUUGGGAUCCUCAAGACCCCAGUGUCGAUUCCCGGGGUUCUCAGGACCCCGGCGGUACAUUUGGGAUCCUCAAGACCCCAGUGUCGAUUCCCGGGGUUCUCAGGACCCCGGCGAUACACCUGGGUUCCUCGAGACCCCAGUCUCGACUCCCGGGGUUCUCGGGACCCCGGCGGUACAUUUGGGUUCCUCGAGACCCCAGUCUCGAUACCCGGGGUUCUCAGGACCCCGGCGGUACUUUUGGGAUCCUCAAGACCCCAGUGUCGAUUCCCGGGGUUCUCAGGACCCCGGCGGUACUUUUGGGAUCCUCAAGACCCCAGUGUCGAUUCCCGGGGUUCUCAAGACCCCGGCGGUACUUUUGGGAUCCUCAAGACCCCGGCGAUACAUUUGGGUUCCUCGAGACCCCGGCGGUACAUUUGGGAUCCUCAAGACCCCAGUGGCGAUUCCCGGGGUUCUUAGGACCCCGGCGGUGCAUUUGGGUUCCUCGAGACCCCGCCGAUACAGUUGGGUUCCUUGGGGCCCCGCGCCAAUUCUCGGUGUUCCCAGUACCCCGGCGAUGCACUUGGUAUAA